AUGGGACGAGCUAUGGUUGUAAACGCGGCACAGUUGGCGUCGUACUCUCAGGCAAAACAGGCAUUGCUGGACACAGGAUAUUUUAAGGAAAAUAUCGUAUUACACUUUGCAAGCUCUAUGAUUUCUGGUUUAGUCACUACUGCUGCCUCUAUGCCGGUAGAUAUAGCUAAAACAAGAAUCCAAAACAUGAAAACAAUAAACGGCAAACCGGAGUUUACAGGCGCAAUUGAUGUCCUGACCAAAGUUAUAAGAAACGAAGGAUUGUUUGCAUUGUGGAAAGGAUUCUUCCCGUAUUACGCACGUCUAGGACCCCACACAGUUUUGACAUUUAUUUUCCUUGAGCAAAUGACUGCUGCUUACAAAACGCACUUGGCAUAAUUUUAAUUGUGCGCGCUUACAGAAAACUUCAUUGAUUUUUAUUAAUGGUUUAAGGAUCUUAUUCUCCCCUUGCUUUAUCGCGAAGCGACAUUUUCAGAAGCAUUAUUUUUACAAUAUACCCAUAUUGUAGCAUAAUUGUACCGUGGAAUACAUUACGCACACAGUUGCAAUAUUAUUUUGUGUAAAUAUAUACAGAAUUUACAAUUUAUCGAAUAAUAAAGCUAUUUAGCAGCUUUUAUAAAA